AUGAUAUUCAAAAUGCAUUAAGCAAAAUCUACAUUGCGCGGAGGUGGUUGCGGAUCCUUCAGUGUCAUUCCGCAAAAAACAGAACACAUCAAAUCAGAUAGUUAUGACAUAUAAAAUUUUAUUGCUAAAUUUGAUUCCUAUGUCAAAAUUAUUUAAACUAAGGCUGCUGUUGCUGCUAAUUAAUCAGAAUCUUAAGAAAUUAUGAUUGCAAUCCAGUGGUUUAAUUUUUAAGAAGAAAUUAUCUAUAAACUAAGCAAAAAUGCCUAAAGUGUUGUGAAGUCAUACGAUUUAAUUAUAGAGGGAAUCAGAAAAUUACUAAAAAGCUGUUUAAUUUACAUCAGAACAGAUUCAUUUAAGUGCUUGUAUAUUUUAUAGACAACAGCAUCUUUAUCUAAAGUUAUAUUUAGCUUCCAUUUAAUAAAUGGCGAGAGAUUUAUGAAAAGUGAAUUAUAAAAGGAAUUUUUGGAUAUUUCUGAUGAAUUAAGAUAACAAAUGGAAAUAGAGAAAAAUGACUUAAUCCAAAAUUAAAUGGAACUCUAUCUUUUCUUAAUAAAAACUUCUUUCGAGAUUGCUCCAAAAAAUAGGAAAGAAAAGGAAAUAGUUUUAAAAGGAUGCUUAAAUGGUAUUAUUGGUUCAAUAAUUUAAAUGAAACCAAAUAAUGAAUUGCUAGAAUCAUUGUUUCAAGGAGCCUGCUUACUUUACAAAAUGUAUGUUGCUAAUAAAAAUCGAAAAUAAUUUGAAGUUUAUUAUUAGAUAGAUAUGUUAUAAUGGGAGAUAAUAUGUUAUUUUAAGAAUGAAAAAUAGUAAAAUCUAGAAGAAAUAAUUUUACAGCUUGAGUCAAUUUAUAAUAAAAUUGUGAAAAAUUCAAAUAUUUGGAAAUAUCAUUACCUUUGGAUAUAAAUGAUUGGGAAAAUCUUAAUAUAUAAUCCUCUAUUAACAAAAUAAAAAUUAUCAUAUUUGGCUAACUCUUUCAAUUUUACAGUUACAUCAAAUUAAAUUUGGAAGGAAUAUUAGAGAAAAGGAUUACUUAUUUAAAUGGAUCAUAGUCCUGACUAAGCAGUCAUUUUACUUAAUUCAUUAUAAAAAUAAGGAUUAUUUUAACUUGAUGGACUCAUAUUAGAAAACUGUUUUAAAGAAUGGGAAAACUUCUUAUUACUUAAAGAGUUUCUUAUGUUUGAGCAAUCUCAAAAUAUCCCUUUUACAUUUGGAUCAUAUUUAAAAUGCCAAUUAAAUGUAGGAAGUUAAGAACCAUAAAAAAAUUAAAAUAUUUUGGCAAUCGAAAAUAUAAAAAAAUUUUUAGGUUUCAUAAUUCCAAAUAAAUUAUUAUCUAAAAUGAAAAAAAAUUAUGAGAAUUUGGGAGUAGUUGUUAAAAUAUAUAGAAAUUGUAUGAAAGAUACUAGGUAGUAUAAUGAGAGAAUAUCGCAAAGCACGUAUAAUUCAUAAAUACAAAAGAUGAUUCUCAACCUAGAAGAAUAUUUCAAAAACACUCAAUAUUUAAUUAAAAUUAUGAAAUUAAAUUUUAGAAAAAACAAUGAUUAAAUUGAACUAAUCGAUUAGAACAAGAAAAUUGAAUUUAAUAAUUUCUUUUAACUUAAAUUUUUGUUGAAACUACUCGAAUAUGUAUUAUUAUUCUCAAUUUAAGAACUAAAAGUUAGCUUUGAUGAUUAAUAAAAUCAUACAUUGAAUUAAAAUUAUAAGACCGAUCCAAUUAAAAUACUUAAGGAGCAAAAGGAAUUUAUUUUAUAGGAAAUAAAAAAUCUUGAACUAAAGGAUAAAAAAGCGACUUUGGUUAAUGAUUUGUAAAUGAAGCUUCUUGCAUUACCAGAUGAUUCUCUUGAUUAAAAAAAUUUUUUAGAAGCAGCUUAAAAUCUAAUUUAAUUUAUUGCUGAUUUAAAAAAAGAAGUAGAAAAUAUUGAAAUUUCUUUCCUACAAAAUAAUAAUAACUUGGUAUAAAUGUUUUGA